CGUUUGCAUUUUCCGGUGAUCGGAGGAUGUUAUUUUCGCAGACAAGGGAAGGGAAGGGAAGAGAAGAGAAGCCACCGCCGGGGAAAGAUGGACAACGAUCACGCCGCCGCCUCCGCGCCCAUUAGGCUGGUCAACUUCAUCUCCGAGGAAGAGUUGGAUCAGGCCAAGAAGACGAGGGGUGAGAGAGUCGACGACGGCACCGCUCAGCGAGACAAGCCCUUGUACGAGAUAUUAAAAGAGAAUAAAGACAGAAAAGAUGCCGAAUUCAACGAGAGAUUCAAGCAUAGACCACCCAAAGCUCUAGAUGAGGAUGAGACAGAGUUUCUAGAUAAUUUGGAGAUGUCAAAGCGAAAAUAUGAGCGGCAACUGGCAGAUGAAGAUGCCCAGCAACUUCGCAGUUUCCAAGAAGCUUUGGCUGCCCAGUCAUCUAUUGUUCAUGAGCUCAAGGAGACUCCUACCACUGCUCGAGCUGAGGAAAAGAAGCCAGUUGCAAAGAGGAGUCAUGAUGCACGGCCAGGGCACCUGAUUAUCUCGGUAAAACCACAAGCAAAGAAGGCAAAGAUAGACACCAAAUCUGAUAAAUCCUCAGUCACUGACAAACCAUCAAAUGGACAAGUAGAUGAUAAGCUGCUUGGUGUUGCUUCUGUAGAGUCUGUCGGUGGUUUGGUCUCAUAUAGUGAUGAAAGUGAUGAUGACUGAUAUUGCUCUCGAUAUGUUAUCAUUUCUCUUGAUUUUGAUAUUUUUGCAGCAAUCUUCUUGUUAGAAACCCGGGUCAUAUGUAUAUUAGAUCAAGUUUCUUUGACCUUAGUAGUUUCAUUACCCAGUGUGCUUAAGCAUAUUGCACCAUGAUGUCUUUGUUCCAUAUAAGAUGCCUUUGCACUUGAAUUUUCUAAUCAGAGUGAUAGCAUAUGGAGAAGCAGGCGAUUUUCUGCCUUUCUUCUUCCAGACUUUUUUUUC